GGGGAGGCACAGAUGGCUGGCAGGGAGGUGCAGGGGAUGGGUUGCAGCACAUGUGGCUGGCAGGGACGUGUGUGGGAUAGAAUGAGGCACAGGUGGCUAGCAGAGAGAUGCAGGGGAUAGGAAGAGGUGGCUGGCAGGGAGGUGCAGGGGAUAGGAUGCAGCACAGGUGGGUACAGGGGAUAGAAUAAGGCACAGGUAAUGACUACACCUGUGUUCUAGCGUGCAGCACAUCAGAUGGGACGAUACAAUGAACAACGCUCCAGAAAUACAUGCCCCCUCCCCUGCUAAAUGAUUACUUCCUCUCAUUCCUGCCUCCAAGAUUUUAGCUUUUGUGCUCCCUACAUAUGGAAUUCACUACCUUUCCCUAUCAGACUCUCCACUUCCCUACAAAACUUUAAAUGUGCUCUCAGGACCCACUUCUUCAUCAAACCCAGCCUUCUCUCAUCCUAACCCUCUGAUACAUGCUCACUGUCUACACCAUCUGUGUCACACCUGUCUGUCUGCCCCUCCCCUUCAGAAUGUAAGCUCUCACGAGCAGGUCCCUCUCCUCUCAUGUGCUUUUCCUUCUCUACUCCACCCUGAUGCCUGUUCCUUGAUGCAACAUUGUUUAUAUACCUUGUACUUAUCCUACAUUGUUUUUGUACUGUAAGUUGUUGUUUUCUUGUUCUGCUCAUGUGUUUAUGUUCUCUGUUAGGCGCUGUGGAACCCUUGUGGCACCAUAGAAAUAAACUAUAAUAAUAGUUUCAAUGUACAAUGGUCAUGCAGAUUGGUGGAAAGUACCAAGAUUGCUUAAUAUAUCGACUUUACUGUCCACCGUUUUGUACCUAUGGACUGUCUGCCUAGACUUCGUAGAACUAUUAUACCUUGCCCAUUCCAACGGGCCUUCUUACCCGAAGCAUUGGAAGCAAGGCGAGUCCGCUAGGGUACACAUUUGGACUAAUGGUGGUCACAUAACAUGGAAUAUACAUGAUGUGGCCUAAAAAACUCCACCACUGUUGACAUUUUGUACCUGUCAACUAUAUGUUGUUGACCUAUUGACUGUCUACUGUUCCUAGUCAUUGUAGAUCUAUUAUAUUACACCCAUUCCAACGUGGCACAUCACCCCUAAUUGGAUGAAACCCUUAAACAGUGUUUUGUGUAGUCUUUUGUAAUGUAAGUUUCAUGAUAGUCAUUAAGUUAACCCUAGAUGUUGUUUAGUACUUGUUGGGCCAAGGUGAAAAUGGAGCACACAUUUUCUUGGAGAUUGGCUUAUGUGCAGUAGUCUCUGGCACAGAGUUUACUGAGGAGGGAUCCGGUCUCUAGGUCGACAGUAACUAGGUUGACCACUAUUGGUCGACAUGUUCUAGGUCGACAGGUCAAAAGGUCGACAUGAGUUUUUCACCAUUUUUUUCUCUUUUUGAACCUUUUCAUACUUUACGAUCCGCGUGGACUAUGAUUGGAACGGUAAUCUGUGUCGAGCGAAGCGAGGCACCUUGCCCUCGCUCGCCAUGCGAGGGGACACGGUGCACUAAUUAGGGUUCCCGGUCAAUCUACAAAGAAAACGACACCCAAAAAAAUAAAAAACUCAUGUCGACCUUUUGACCUGUCUACCUAAAGACCCUGUCGACCUAGUUACUGUCGACCAAUAGUGGUCGACCUAAACACUGUCAACCUACUGUAGUUACUAUCUACCUUCCAUACCACACCCACUGAGGACAUGUUCCAGCAAGAGAUGGGGGCUCGCACAGAGCUGCAACCCCCACUCUCUUGAACUUACCCUGCCCAGGUUACAGUGUGCAAGAAAAAUAAAUGUCCCUUCAGAUUCCUGGCUAUUAUCCCUCUGUGAUCCCCAAUUAAUUCAUUUUUAGUAUUUCCUUUUUUUCUCCUUAAAAAAAAAAAAAAAAGCUUUGACAUCAUUCAUUAAAUAUUUAAAUGUGUCACAUCUGCAGUCCUAAUAUUUUUAAUACAUUGAAAGAAUUGUCCUUGUAAGGGGUCAAUCCAGUUACCCACGAGUACAUCGCAGGUGUGAGUCAGUGUGACAACAGUUGCACUUUAUGGCAGUCUUAACUCGCACACAACUGCAAAAUUGUGCACAUUUUGGCUCAGAGCGGGAUGCGGUUCCGUUGCCGACAUUUUAAUGCUGCUGCAAUGGCAACUCACACCCUUCGCAGUUAAUUGGAAUGACCCCUAAAUGUGCUUUCUUGCAUUAACCACUUAACUGAUGAUUUAUUUCCCCACAAAGCCGCCCAGUAUUUUUUUUAAAUUACUUAUUAAAGUUUAAAAAGUGUAUUUAAUAUAUUCAAAUAUUUUAAUGAAAAAGAAAUAUUUCUAGGGGAUUUUUUUUCAUCCCUCCCCCCAUGUCCAUAGGCCCCUAUUAUAAAAUAAUACCCCCCCCCCCCUCCCUCCCAUUGCAAUAGACAAUUGCAAUUUUAAUUUAUAUUCCCCUACUUGUGAUUGAUCCCUCUGGGUGUCCCCCACCCACCCCCAUAGGCAUACAUGCCCCACACACACACACACACACCAGAGCUUGCGCUCCAGAAUGCCGACCGCAUGGUUUUCUGGGUAACGAUUCUGCAAGUGAUGCCGGAUUACUGCGGGGAGUCAGAGAAGAGGAGAGUGCAGAACAGAUCUCCUCACCCACACAACGGAGGGCACUGCAGGCAGCAUGUCGCAUGUGAUGCGACCUGGCCAGUACACAUCACAUCACAUGUGACACCUUAAUAGUGUAAAAGCCGUAGAGAAUGUAUUACAAAGCAGGUAGAUGCUAAAUCCAAGCCUCGGGAGCUGAUUUAAUUAUAUCAUCCUGCAUCUCAAAAUUGUUUUCUUAUCGCAUUCUAGUUGAGUUCCUGAUAUGCCCAGUGACUCCCGUUAGAAGGAUCAUACUUUGUCAUCCCCUGAUGCAUUCAUUCAUGUACUUCCUGCAUAACCAGGAGCUACUGAUCAAAGAUCGGAACAUGUUGCCACAGAAUGACAACUGAUCAGCUGAUCUGCAUUUUCUCUUACGUCCUAGAGGGUGCUGGGGACUCCGUAAGGACCAUGGGGGGUAUAGACGGGCUCCACAGGAGAUAUAUAAAAAGGUUAUACUGGUGCCGGCUGUUGGUCAAAUAAUAAAAUAACAAUGUAUAAAAUGUGACACUUAAUUUAUUUGAACAUUCAUAAAAGAAAGUAAAAUACUCCCAUUCCUCAAAGGAAAAUGGUAUAAAUAUAGCAACUGCUAAAAAUCAUAUAUCUGAAAAUGCAGGGUAACACUAUUUUUUUGUUUGUUAAAUAUAGGGGUAUAUGCAAUUGCGGUCGAAUUCCAGAAAAAGUCGAAUUCCGGAACUUUUUCGCCUCAAAAAAACAAUUCGCCUAUGCAGUCCAGUACUUUAUCGCAAAAAAAACGGACAUUCAAAAUUCGACUUUUGGCAAUUCGACUUUUUUCGCAUUCGACUUUUCUGCAAUGGUACAGAUGCUGCAAUUCGCCCAAAGCAUAUUCAAUUCAAGUUUGGAAAUUCGCCUGCAGUGCUUUUCGACCGCAAAUUCGCCUAUUUCAGUCCGCCUCAGUUGACUGGCGAGAUCUAAAAAAAAAUUUUUAGUACAUGUUUUUUUUGGAUAUUUGAGGAUUGCUAGUAGCAUAUCUAUUUAUAUUUGAAAGGAUUAUCUGCUUGGUUUGUCUUUUUUUGCUUCACAAGUAUUAUUUAAUUGAUUUUUUAAAGGAAUAUUUUUUUCUUCAAUCUCCUGAGGGAAAUUUACCCAUGAUUCCACAGUUUUUCCCAGGAUACACUUCUGCAAAGCCCCUCCUAUCUCCUCACUCCCAGGUUUGAGACUACAGGGAGAAGGAGCCAUUUUACAGUCAGCUCUGUGGAAUCGUUUUUUUAGGAAAAUUCCUGCGUUUUAAAACACAUUCCUAUUUUUGUACUGACUACAAUAAUGGAGCCUUUUUCUGACCAGAUUGUGAUGUUCAUGCUGGCUGCAAGCAUGAUGGCGGAAGAAAGUGCUGAUGAACAUCAGGAUCCAGGUCAGCAAAUGUCUGCAUUGGGUGAGCCAGUAUUGCGGGUUUCAUUUCCACGUCCACGCCAGUAUCGCACUAGGCGUGAACUGGAGGAUCUCAGCGAGUUCGAGGUGAUACAAAAUUAUCGCUUAUCGACUCGCGACAUAUAUUCGCUGUACGCUCUGUUGGAGGCCGACUUGGAACCUCGGGCACGGACAAAUCGUGCAAUCAGCGGUUUUCAGAAACUGCUGGGGACGUUACAUUUUUUGGCGUCAGGCACAUUCCAGCCUACACUGUCUCAAACAUGCGGUUUUUCACAGUCGACACUGUCGCGCUGUAUAACCCAGGUCAUUAGGGCUUUCCGCAAAUUGACGAUCCAGUACAUCACAUUUCCAGAGACGGACAGCGAAUGUCGUGAGAUCAAAUUAGGCUUUUUCAAAAAAUACAAAUUUCCCAAUGUGCUGGGCGCGAUUGACUGUACCCACGUGCAGAUCAGACCGCCACGGAAUUCAGAGGAAUGUUUUCGGAACCGAAAACAGUUCCAUUCCCUGAACGUUCAGGCGGUCUGUGAUGUAAACAUGAGAUUUUUGAACAUUUUUGUGGGAUUUCCUGGAUCAUCUCACGACUCCUUCAUCCUAAGCCAGUCAUCGCUGUUUGACAAGUUCGAAACAGGAAACAUGCCUGGUGGCUGGCUGUUAGGCGAUGCGGGUUAUCCAAACAAACCGUGGCUGUUGACCCCAUUGUCUAAUCCUGUUGGUAGAGCAGAAAAACGUUACCAAGAGACACACAUUGCAUCGAGGCAAAUAAUUGAACGUGCCUUCGGUGUACUUAAAAGCCGGUUUCGAUGUUUAGACACUUCCGGCGGUGCUCUUUUGUACUCACCGUCGAAGGUUUGCGGCAUGGUAAAUGCAUGUUGUAUUUUACACAACAUAUGUGUCGCAAACCGUUUGCCGGUGACUCUUCGUCGCAGUGCUUUCCGACGCGGGAACCGGUCUUCUGCUCUACCGGUGGGUAUGGACGAAGGAGAGGAUUCCCGGCGGACAUUGAUCCAAAAUUAUUUUGCAGUUGCCUAGUUUUACAUCCUGUUGAUGUAUAUCCCCAGGCCAUGUUUGUACAGUUCGUUACCCCGUUUUAUCCUGUUGUUGGGUUACCGCAAAUAUUUGAUCCUUUUAUCCAACUCUACCAUGGGUGACCCUACUGGUGAUGUGGACCUGACCCUCCGCCAUGUAGCAGACAACCCCCCCUCAGGUCCUGCGAUGUAUCUUCCCAAGUGGCGUGGAUGUGAGGAGACACGACAUUUCACCUGAUGUUCCAUGGGUGACCCUACUGGUGAUGUGGACCUGACCCUCCGCCAUGUAGCAGACAACCCCCCUCAGGUCCUGCGAUGCAUCUUCCCAAGUGGCGUGGAUGUGAGGAGACACGACAUUUCACCUGAUGUUCCAUGGGUGACCCUACUGGUGAUGUGGACCUGACCCUCCGCCAUGUAGCAGACAACCCCCCUCAGGUCCUGCGAUGUAUCUUCCCAAGUGGCGUGGAUGUGAGGAGACACGACAUUUCACCUGAUGUUCCAUGGGUGACCCUACUGGUGAUGUGGACCUGACCCUCCGCCAUGUAGCAGACAACCCCCCUCAGGUGAGAUGUAUUGCCCAAGACUCCCUUGUCCAAAAUCACCCCGGCAUGUCCAAAGUGCAGCCCUCCAGCAUUUGCAAGACUGCACAUCCAAACAUUCCCUGAAACAGCAAUGCUAGGGAAUGUUUGGAUGUGUAGUGAUGCAAGUGCAGGAGGGUUGCAUUUGGGCCGCUGCAACCCGCUUGUGUUGUGUGGACUGUUGUAUGUACCUCUUUUUCCAGUCCCAGGGUGACACUAUCACCCAUAUCUGGAAGCUCAAACUGUUCUCUUCCACAGGUCCUGCGAUGUAUCUUCCCAAGUGGCGUGGAUGUGAGGAGACACGACAUUUCACCUGAUGUUCCAUGGGUGACCCUACUGGUGAUGUGGACCUGACCCUCCGCCAUGUAGCAGACAACCCCCCUCAGGUGAGAUGUAUUGCCCAAGACUCCCUUGUCCAAAAUCACCCCGGCAUGUCCAAAGUGCAGCCCUCCGGCAUUUGCAAGAUUGCACUUCCAAACAUUCCCUCCUGAUACACCUAAUGCUUGUCAGGGAAUGUUUGGAUGUGUAGUGACGCGAGUGGCGGAGGUUUGCAUUUGGACCCACUGUUCCCCGCUUGUGUUGUGUGGACUGUAUGUACCUCUUCUUUCCAGUCCCAGGGUGACACUAUUACCCAUAUCUGGAAGCUCAUACUGUUCUCUUCCACAGGUCUUCCGGUGUAUCCUUCCUAAGUGGUGUGGAUGUGAAGAGACAGUUCCCUUGAUGUUCCCUGGGCAAUCUACUUACGUACAAUUCAAAUGCAUUACAAAUUUUAAUAAAAACCACAGGAAACUUCUAUU